AUGGCUAUUAAGCUGGUUGUAGGAGGGUCUACUUUAAAUAUGAUUAGUGCUUACGCGCCUCAAGUAGGUUUGGACGAGGGGAUUAAGAAGCACUUCUGGGAAGAAGUUGACGGGUUGGUACGUGGCAUUCCGCUCACCGAGAAGUUAUUCAUAGGAGGGGACUUCAAUGGUCACAUUGGGGUGACAUCUGGGGGGUAUGACAACAUACAUGAUGGCUUUGGCCUUGGAGUUAGGAACGGAGGAGGUACUUCGUUGUUGGACUGUGCUAAAGCCUUUGAUUUGGUGAUUGCCAACUCGUAUUUUCCGAAAAGGGAGGAGCACUUGGUUAUACCAAGCGAGAAUCUCACGACUCAACAUAGAUUAUUGGUGAUGGACUCAGAGAUCAUGUGGAAGAGGAAGAAGAGGGCCGUGUAUGGUCAACCCAGGAUCAGGUGGGGUGCUUUGACUAGUGACAAAGCGCAGGAGUUGGGGAGAAAGUUAUUGGCUAUGGGAGCAUAG